AUGUCGCAAGACGAUCAGAUGAACCCUCAUCCGACCAAACCCAAGGACAACAUCAGCGCCAGGAGCAUAUUUGGCGACGGCAGUGCUCUUGUUAUUCCGAAACGCGAGAAAGCAAAGGAUGCAGGCACGCUCUUGUCUCAGAAGAUGGCAAUAAUGUCCAUUACGCCAACUUUCACGAAGUUCGCCGAACUGCCGCUGGAACUUGAGUUGCUAUUCUGGCAAGUUUUCAUCCGCGAGGAAAUCUCCCAACGAUUCGUUCCUCUCCUAUGUGAUGGAAGGCGUCCGCACAUUGUGCCUUCCAAGCACCUUUUCUCCCCAACCCUCGCCGUUUGCCGAACCAGCAGGGGCGAGGCCCUGCGAUACUUCUACACGUGGAAGAUACCGCUGUACAAGCACGUGGAGACGCGGAGCAUCGUAGUUCCAGAUGGGCUUAUGAAUGGCGUUUACGUCAGUCGUCAGUAUGCCCACUGGGACGAGCCUAGCAUCGCGACCGCAUUCUCCAACGAGGUUCGAGUUGGGACCCUCUACCUUUGCCCGGAACGAGACCUGUUCGUCCGCGGCCUGCCGAACUCGGGCUUCGAGGGCUCUCUCUUCGACAGAAACGACACCGGUCUGCACACUCUAGCGGACCAGGUACUGGAACUUCCCCACCAUAGCACCCUCUGGCUCAAACGUCGCAAGGUCCCUUGCCUCACGGUCGCUCUGGGGCCCAACGAUCUCGCUCGAGUCCGACGCCUCGCCGUCGCCCACUACUACUUUCGAGACGAGCUCGCGGCGCAGGCCUGGAGGUACGCCGGGCCGUACCGGAUCGACGACGGCGUCGCCGCCAACACGGCCUGGUGGGACGAGGCGACCUUCCCGCGCGUCCGGGAGCACUUCACCAUCUACACGGACGCGCUCACGCAGCUGACGACGGCCAUCUACGAGCAUCCGGGCAAGGUCGCGGACGAUUACGACCUGCGCCGCUGGACGCCGUCGGCCACGACCUGGCGGGGCCGGGCGCGGCGCCGGCUCGUCAUGGGCAAGGACCGCAGCGACGGCCUCCCGCUGGACCAGACGGCCGACGAGCCCGAGGACUUCGACACGUGGUGUUGCCGGUGCCUCCCGUGGGACAAGGUGCCUCACCCCAGAUAUUUUGUCUAG